AUGGGGGAGAAAGUUUCGGAGGCGCCGGGGCCCGGGCCGGUGCCUCGCGGCUGCAGCGCCCCCGGCGCCCGCGCCCCCGCCCCCGCCCCCGCGGUGGCCGCCGCGUCCUCGGCCGGGUCCUCCUCGGGCUCCGAAACUCCGUCGGAGGAAGGGGAGCCGCGCCGCUUCUCCCGCGAGCCGCCGCCGCCGCCGCCGGGUGGCGCCCCGGGCUCCCGGCCGCCCGCCGCGUGGGCCCCGGCGCGCGUGGGGCGGGAGCCUGGAGCCCCUGCGCCGCCCCCGCCGCCGCCGCCGCCGCCGCCGCCCGGAGCAGCCGCGCCGCCCGCGCCCCGGGGCAGCAGCGCGUCCCAGGAGGAGCAGGACGAGGAGCUUGACCACAUCCUCUCCCCUCCACCCAUGCCGUGUCGGAAAUGCAGCAACCCCGAUGUGACUUCUGGCCCUGCAAAGUCUCUGAAGUUUAAAAGACAGCUGAGUGAGGAUGGACGAGAGCUGCGGCGGGGCAGCCUGGGAGGGGCUCUGACAGGCCGAUACCUCCUUCCAAACCCGGUGGCAGGGCAGGCCUGGCCAGCUUCGGCGGAGACGUCCAACCUCGUGCGGAUGCGCAGCCAGGCCCUGGGCCAGUCGGCGCCCUCGCUCACCGCCAGCCUGAAGGAGCUGAGUCUCCCCAGAAGAGGAAGUCUGAUAGAUUCCCAGAAGUGGAAUUGCUUGGUCAAACGUUGCCGAACAAGCAACCGGAAAAGCUUGAUAGGUAAUGGACAGUCACCAGCAUUGCCUCGACCACACUCACCUCUCUCUGCUCAUGCAGGAAAUAGCCCUCAAGAUAGCCCAAGAAAUUUCUCCCCCAGUGCCUCAGCCCAUUUCUCAUUUGCACGGAGGACUGAUGGACGCCGCUGGUCCUUGGCUUCUCUCCCCUCCUCUGGCUAUGGGACAAACACACCCAGCUCCACAGUCUCCUCCUCCUCUUCCUCCCAGGAGAAGCUGCAUCAGUUACCGUACCAACCAACACCAGAUGAAUUGCACUUCCUCUCGAAACAUUUUUGUACUACCGAAAGCAUCGCCACGGAAAACAGAUGCAGGAAUACGCCCAUGCGCCCCCGUUCCCGGAGUCUGAGCCCUGGACGUUCUCCUGCAUGCUGUGACCAUGAAAUAAUUAUGAUGAACCAUGUCUACAAAGAAAGGUUCCCCAAGGCUACGGCUCAGAUGGAAGAGCGUCUGAAGGAAAUUAUCACCAGCUACUCCCCUGACCACGUUCUUCCUCUAGCAGAUGGAGUGCUUAGUUUCACUCACCAUCAGAUUAUUGAACUGGCUCGAGAUUGUUUGGAUAAAUCCCACCAGGGUCUCAUCACCUCACGAUACUUCCUUGAAUUACAGCACAAAUUAGAUAAAUUGCUACAAGAGGCUCAUGAUCGUUCAGAGAGUGGAGAAUUGGCAUUUAUUAAACAACUAGUUCGAAAGAUCCUAAUUGUUAUUGCCCGCCCAGCUCGGUUAUUGGAGUGCCUGGAAUUUGAUCCUGAAGAAUUUUACUACCUAUUGGAAGCUGCAGAAGGCCAUGCAAAAGAAGGACAGGGUAUUAAAUCUGACAUUCCCAGGUAUAUCAUCAGCCAGCUGGGGCUCAAUAAAGAUCCUUUGGAAGAAAUGGCUCAGUUGGGAAACUAUGAUAGUGGGACAGCAGAAACACCAGAAACAGAUGAAUCCGUGAGUAGCUCUACUGCUUCCCUGAAACUUCAAAGGAAACCUCGGGAAAGUGAUUUUGAAACUAUUAAAUUGAUUAGCAAUGGAGCCUAUGGGGCAGUCUACUUUGUUCGACAUAAGGAAUCCCGGCAGAGGUUUGCUAUGAAGAAGAUCAAUAAACAGAACCUCAUCCUCCGAAACCAGAUCCAGCAGGCCUUCGUGGAACGGGAUAUCCUGACGUUUGCAGAGAACCCCUUUGUGGUCAGCAUGUAUUGCUCGUUUGAGACAAGGCGCCACUUAUGCAUGGUCAUGGAGUACGUGGAAGGAGGUGACUGUGCAACGCUGAUGAAGAACAUGGGGCCUCUCCCUGUCGAUAUGGCCAGGAUGUACUUUGCGGAGACAGUCUUGGCCUUGGAGUACCUACAUAAUUAUGGGAUUGUACACAGGGAUCUGAAACCAGACAAUUUGUUGGUCACCUCCAUGGGGCACAUAAAGCUGACAGAUUUUGGAUUAUCCAAGGUGGGACUAAUGAGCAUGACUACCAAUCUUUAUGAGGGUCACAUCGAGAAGGAUGCCCGCGAGUUCCUGGACAAACAGGUCUGCGGCACACCUGAAUACAUUGCACCAGAAGUGAUUCUGAGGCAGGGCUACGGGAAGCCAGUGGACUGGUGGGCCAUGGGGAUUAUCCUCUAUGAAUUUCUGGUUGGAUGCGUGCCAUUCUUCGGGGAUACUCCAGAAGAGCUAUUUGGACAAGUCAUCAGUGAUGAGAUCAACUGGCCAGAAAAGGAUGAGGCACCACCACCCGAUGCCCAGGAUCUGAUUACCUUGCUUCUUAGACAGAAUCCACUGGAGAGACUGGGAACAGGUGGUGCCUAUGAAGUCAAACAGCAUCGAUUCUUCCGUUCUUUAGACUGGAACAGUUUGCUGAGACAGAAGGCAGAAUUUAUUCCCCAACUGGAAUCCGAGGACGACACAAGUUAUUUUGAUACUCGGUCGGAGAAGUAUCAUCACAUGGAGACGGAGGAAGAAGAUGACACAAAUGAUGAAGACUUUAAUGUGGAAAUAAGGCAGUUUUCCUCCUGUUCACACCGCUUUUCAAAAGUUUUCAGCAGCAUAGACCGAAUUACUCAGAAUCCCGGAGAAGAGAAGGAAGACCCUGGAGACAAAACCAAAAGCACAGUGUUGCCAUCCACAGAAACCUUCAGCUGGAGUUCGGAAUAUUCUGAAAUGCAACAGUUAUCCACAUCCAACUCUUCAGACACUGAAAGCAACAGACAUAAACUCAGUUCUGGCCCACUUCCCAAACUGGCUAUCUCAACAGAGGCAGAAAAAGAUGAAGCGGCUCCCUGCCCCAGAGACCUCCCUGAGGAGCCAGAAAAGCCAGCCCUGCCUCCUGCAGAGAGCACUCAGGAGGAGCCCGAGGUCACCACUCCCGCCAGCACCAUCAGCAGCUCCACCCUAUCAGAUAUGUUUGCCGUUUCUCCGCUGGGAAGUCCAAUGUCCCCCCAUUCCCUGUCCUCGGACCCUUCUUCCUCACGAGAUUCCUCUCCCAGCCGGGAUUCUUCAGCAGCGUCUGCCAGUCCACACCAGCCCAUCGUGAUCCACAGUUCAGGGAAGAACUAUGGUUUCACCAUCCGGGCCAUCCGGGUGUACGUGGGAGACAGCGACAUCUAUACGGUGCACCAUAUUGUUUGGAACGUAGAAGAAGGGAGUCCAGCAUGCCAGGCAGGACUGAAGGCUGGGGACCUGAUCACGCACAUCAAUGGAGAACCGGUGCAUGGACUUGUCCACACGGAAGUCAUAGAACUCUUGCUGAAGAGUGGAAAUAAGGUGUCAAUCACUACUACUCCAUUUGAAAACACAUCAAUCAAAACGGGACCAGCCAGGAGAAACAGCUAUAAGAGCCGGAUGGUGAGGCGGAGCAAGAAAUCUAAGAAGAAAGAAAGUCUAGAAAGGAGGAGGUCCCUCUUCAAAAAACUAGCCAAGCAGCCGUCCCCUUUACUCCACACCAGCAGGAGUUUCUCCUGCCUCAACCGGUCCCUGUCGUCAGGGGAGAGCCUCCCAGGUUCCCCCACGCACAGCUUGUCUCCCCGUUCCCCCACGCCCAGCUACCGCUCCACCCCUGACUUCCCAUCAGGUACUAAUUCCUCACAGAGCAGCUCCCCGAGCUCCAGUGCCCCCAAUUCCCCAGCGGGCUCAGGACACAUCCGGCCCAGCACCCUCCAUGGCCUGGCCCCCAAGCUCAGCGGACAGCGCUACCGGUCCGGGAGGCGGAAGUCGGCUGGCAGCAUCCCAUUGUCCCCCCUGGCCCGGACCCCCUCUCCCACGCCGCAGCCCACCUCCCCACAGCGGUCGCCAUCCCCUCUGCUGGGUCACUCGCUCGGCAAUUCCAAGAUCACCCAGGCCUUUCCCAGCAAGAUGCACUCCCCUCCCACCAUCGUCAGACACAUCGUGAGGCCCAAGAGUGCAGAGCCCCCCAGGUCCCCGCUGCUCAAGCGCGUGCAGUCAGAGGAGAAGCUCUCCCCCUCCUACGGCAGUGACAAGAAGCACCUGUGCUCCCGCAAGCACAGCCUGGAGGUGACCCAGGAGGAGGUGCAGCGGGAGCAGCCUCAGCGGGAGGUGAGCUUGCAGAGCCUGGAGGAGACCGUGUGUGACGCGCCCUCCCUGAGCCGCGCCAGGCCUGUGGAGCAAGGCUGCCUGAAGCGCCCCGUCUCCCGGAAGCUGGGGAGACAGGAGUCCGUGGAUGAGCUGGACCGAGAGAAGCUCAAGGCCAAGGUGGUAGCAAAGAAACCCGAUGGCCUCCCAGACAAACAGGAUCCCCACCAGAAAUCCCACGGACUCGGCAGCGAUCUGGAGGCCCUCUCUACUUUCAGGCUGGAAGACAGGGAGAAGAAACUAUAUCCAAAGGCAUUAGAGAGGUCGAGUCAUUUUGAAAGCAAAGUGGCCUCGCAGGAGCCCCCGUCCCUGGGCAGUCUGCUGAAAGGGGCUCUUCACAAGCAGGCCAGCGUUCGGGCCAGCGAGGGGGCCGCCUCGGAAGGGGCACCCGGGGACCACAGCCAGGGCGUCUGUGACUUCAAGCGCACCUCUGCUCCUGGCAUCCUCCAGGACGGCCUGUGUCACUCCACCGACAGGUCCAGCUCUGGGAAGGCUGAAAACCUGGAGAAGGCCCCCCCGGCGAAGGAGUGCCUCCGAUGUGAGAAGUUAGACAGCAAACUGGCCAACAUCGAUUACCUCCGAAAGAAGAUGUCAUUUGAAGACAAAGAUGACAGCCUGUGUUCCGUGCUCAAGCCCAAGAUGACCUCUACUGCCCAUGAGACCCUGCCCGGGAACCCGGGCCGGGCCGUGGGUGGGCAGCAGGAGGCCCUGCCCACCUCUGAGGGCCGAGCGUUCAUCAGCGGUGCCCACCCGGCUCAGAUCAGCGCUGUUUCCUUUGUCCCUCUCAAGGCCCUAGCCGGCCGGGACAGCGGGGUGGAGAAGGGGGGCCUGGUGGCUCCUGAGUCCCCAGUCCGGAAAAGCCCGUCCGAGUAUAAGCUGGAAGGCAGGUCUGUGUCCUGCCUGAAGCCCAUUGAGGGCACUCUGGAUAUCGCUCUCCUGUCCGGGCCUCAGGCCUCCAAGACCGAGCUGCCUUCCCCCGAGCCCGCGCAGACCCCCAGCCCGGCCAGGGACGUGGGGACCCCUGUGCCACCCGCCCCCCUGGGCGGCGGGGCCUCUAAGGCGGAGACCGCCCAGAGGGAGCCUUCCCCCGCCAGCCUCAGGAUGAGUAAGUCCUACCUGCUGGAGCCCCGCUUCCCAGCCAGCCGAGGCCUCCAGAACUCUCCAGGCAGCCCCUUGCCAGACCCUGAGCUGAAGCGGGACAGGAAAGCCUCCCGCGGGGCCAGGAGCGCGGUGACAGUCCCUGAAAGCGACCCCCAGCCAAGAGAGGGGGGCUGCAGCCGACACCAAGGCCACGCGCCCGAGCCGAGACCCGGCCCCUUCCUGGGGCAGGGCCCCCCCGCGGCCGAGCCACCCCGGUCCCGCGGCCUGACACCUGCUGACCGGGCGCCCUCCAGAGAGCAGCUCAGUGGGAGGGAGUCCUCCGACAGGGGCCCUCCGGCCGCCAGGGGCCAGCGGGCCAACGUCAGGGCGGACACCCCCCGGGAGCCCUCCGUGGAGUCGUGUCCAACAGAAGCUGCUAAAACCGGCGACGAUUCCAGACACGUGCCCUCUGGGGCAAGGACCCACCCGGAUGUCCGCGCACAGCCCCACACCGCGGAGAGGGCAUGGGGGUCCUGCGGGAAGGCGAGCCACGGGGAUGGCCGGGACGAGGGGAGGCCGCGGGCCCCGGAGGACCCUUGUCUGCGCUCGGCGGGGGCCCCCUGUGAGAGGGAGCCGGGCCGGGGAGGAGGGAGGGGGGGAGGAGGAGGAGGGGCAGGGGGGGAGCCCCUCCCGCGCGGUGGGCCCUGCAGCCCCCCGGUCCCGAGCACGGGAAGGGAAGGCAGCUCCCCGGUUGCCCGCCUGUGCAGAAGGACGCCCCCAAGGAGCCGGAGAGGAAGGAGCGGCCGGUGCAGCCGCGCGGGAGCAGCGGCCCCCCGCCCCCGCCCCCACCCGCCGCCCAGGAGCAGCCCGGCCCGCCGCCGCGGCCGCCCCGCGGCUCGCCCAGCCCCUGCUCGGCCGGACAGCCGGGGAGCCCGCCCGGGGCCGCGGCGCCCAGCCUGGGCCCCCAGGACGGCGCCCCGAGGUCCGCGCCCCCGGACAGGGCGCCCUCCUCGCAGAGGCCGAGCGCGGCGCCCGCUGUUGCCGGCCCCGAGGGGCAGGGCGGCGGCGGGGCGGUGCUGGGCGCGGCUCCCCCGCACGCCCAGGGGGGCCUCCUCGGCACCAGGCCGACCCCGCCCGGCGGGGGGCGCCCCCCCGACGAGCCGCCCCGGAGCGUCGCCAGCGCCGGGGAGCAGCAGAGCGCGUGCCCCAAGCACCCCAAGCCAUCCACUGUGAAGGACUGCCCCGCUCCGUGCGGACAGACGGACGGGAGCGCGGGGCCGCGGGCUCCCGCCGACGGGAAGGCCGAGGG